GUGUUGCUAGUGGGGACUGGUGUGUUGUGAAAAUGGCGACGCCUCGUCGCUCCUCGCAGCAGCAGCCAAACUCCCUGCUGUCGUCCCCGCCCCGCGGCUCCUCUCGCCCCGCCACCCCGCCCGGCUCUCCGCCGGCGUCCACCGACGAUGCCACACCGCCACCCCGGGGAGGCCCGAUGGACGGCAGGGUUGACGGCGAGGGAACCCCUGCCUCUCCCACCAUCACCACCUCCCGGGCUUUGGCCCUCACGACCAGCAGCAGCAGCAGCAGCAGCGGCGGGGGCAGCGGCAGCGGCUCUAGCGACGCUAGCUCCCCGACGACCACCGAGGGGAGCGGGACCAGCCCCGCCUCAACGCCCGACUCCGGCAGCGGGGACGCGGUCAGCAGCAGCAGCGGCGGCGACGGCGACGGCGCAAAUGGGGCGUUCAGGGAGCUGUUUGAAGCCUGUCGAAACGGGGAUGUUUCGAGGGUGAAGAAACUCGUGGAUGCGCUGAACGUGAACGCUAAAGACAUGGCGGGGCGUAAAUCGACACCCCUGCAUUUCGCUGCAGGCUUCGGGCGGAGAGACGUGGUGGACCACCUGCUUCAGAUGGGCGCCAACGUGCACGCGCGGGAUGACGGCGGCCUGAUCCCGCUCCACAACGCCUGCUCGUUCGGACACUCCGAGGUGGUGUCCUUGCUGCUGUGUCAGGGGGCCGACCCCAACGCCCGGGACAACUGGAACUACACGCCGCUCCACGAAGCUGCCAUCAAGGGCAAGAUCGACGUCUGCAUAGUGUUACUGCAGCACGGCGCCGACCCCAACAUACGCAACACCGACGGCAAGUCCGCCCUGGACCUCGCUGAACCCUCCGCCAAGGCCGUCCUCACAGGUGAAUACAAGAAGGAUGAGCUGCUGGAGGCGGCGAGGAGUGGAAACGAGGAGAAGCUAAUGGCUUUGCUCACUCCGCUCAACGUCAACUGCCACGCAAGCGACGGCCGCAAGUCCACUCCGCUUCACCUGGCAGCGGGAUACAACAGGGUGAGGAUAGUUCAGCUGCUACUGCAGCACGGAGCAGAUGUCCACGCCAAGGACAAGGGUGGUCUGGUGCCGCUCCACAAUGCCUGCUCCUAUGGACAUUAUGAAGUGACUGAGCUGUUGCUAAAGCACGGGGCGUGUGUGAACGCCAUGGACCUGUGGCAGUUCACCCCGCUCCACGAGGCGGCGUCCAAAAACCGGGUGGAGGUCUGCUCGCUGCUGCUGAGUCACGGGGCCGACCCAACGCUGCUCAACUGCCACAGCAAGAGCUCCGUGGACAUGGCGCCCACUCCCGAGCUCAAGGAGAGACUCGCAUAUGAGUUCAAGGGCCACUCGCUGCUUCAAGCCGCCCGAGAAGCGGACGUGACCAAGGCCAAGAAGACCCUCGCCAUGGAGAUCAUCAACUUCAAACACCCUCACACGCACGAGACGGCGCUGCAUUGCGCGGUGGCAUCGCCGCACCCCAAGAGGAAGCAGGUGACGGAGCUGCUGUUGAGGAAAGGCGCCGGCGUCAAUGAGAAGAAUAAAGACUUCAUGACUCCUCUCCACGUGGCGGCAGAACGGGCUCAUAAUGACAUCAUGGAGGUCUUGCAGAAACACGGCGCCAAGGUGAACGCCGUGGACACUCUGGGCCAGACGGCGCUGCACCGCGCGGCCAUGGCGGGCCACCUUCAGACCUGCAGGCUGUUGCUAGGAUACGGGGCGGACGCGUCGCUUCUGUCCCUGCAGGGCUUCACCGCUGCUCAGAUGGGAAAUGAGGCUGUUCAGCAAAUACUCAACGAGAACGUCCCGGUGAGAAACUCCGAUGUGGACUACAGACUUCUGGAAGCUGCUAAAGCCGGAGACCUGGACACUGUCAAGUCGCUGUGUACGGCUCAGAAUGUGAACUGCAGAGACCUGGAGGGGAGGCACUCCACUCCCCUCCACUUCGCUGCCGGCUACAACCGAGUGACGGUGGUGGAGUACCUGCUGCACCACGGGGCCGACGUGCACGCCAAGGACAAAGGUGGCCUGGUUCCCCUCCACAACGCCUGUUCGUACGGCCACUACGAGGUGGCCGAGCUGCUGGUCAGACACGGAGCCUCGGUCAACGUGGCCGACCUGUGGAAGUUCACGCCGCUGCACGAGGCCGCCGCCAAGGGCAAAUAUGAGAUCUGCAAGCUGCUGCUCAAGCACGGCGCGGACCCCACCAAGAAGAACCGGGACGGCAACACGCCUCUGGACCUGGUGAAGGACGGCGACACCGACAUCCAGGACCUGCUGAGGGGAGACGCCGCGCUGCUGGACGCCGCUAAAAAGGGCUGCUUGGCCCGGGUGCAGAAGCUAUGCAGCCCCGACAACAUCAACUGCCGGGACACGCAGGGACGCAACUCGACGCCUCUGCACCUCGCAGCUGGCUACAACAACUUGGAGGUGGCCGAGUAUCUGUUGGAACACGGCGCCGACGUGAACGCACAGGACAAAGGAGGGCUGAUACCUCUACACAAUGCCGCCUCGUACGGGCACGUGGACAUCGCCGCCCUGUUGAUCAAGUACAACACGUGCGUCAACGCCACGGACAAGUGGGCGUUCACCCCCCUGCACGAGGCGGCCCAGAAGGGGCGGACUCAGCUGUGCGCUCUGCUGCUGGCCCACGGAGCCGAUCCCACCAUGAAGAACCAGGAGGGACAGACGCCGCUGGACCUGGCGACGGCUGAUGACAUCAGAGCGCUGUUGAUCGACGCCAUGCCGCCAGAUGCCCUGCCGAGCUGUCUGAAGCCCCAGGCCACUGUGGUAAGCGUGAGUGCGAGCGUGGUGGGUGCGGGCGCCACGGGGGGCGUGGUUAUCUCUCCCUCUCCGUCUCCGUCCUGUCUGUCUGCGGCCAGCAGCAUCGACAACCUGACCACGCCUCUCGGUGACAUCACUGUGGGAGGCGCCACUGGACCAGCGGACGGAGCGUCCGGGUCCGACAGGAAGGAAGGAGAAAGUUCAUACGCUCUGCAGGACAUGACCAUCAACCAGUUCUUGAAAAGUCUUGGACUGGAACACCUUCGGGACAUCUUCCAGCGAGAACAGAUUUCCCUGGACGUGCUGGCAGACAUGGGCCACGAGGAGCUGAAGGAGAUUGGCAUCAACGCUUACGGUCACAGACACAAGCUCAUCAAGGGCAUCGAGAGGCUGCUGGGAGGCCAGCAAGGUGCAAACCCGUACCUGACGUUCCACUGCUCCAGCCAGGGCACCGUGCUCAUCGACCUGGCGACGGAUGACAAGGAGUUCCAGUCUGUGGAGGAGGAACUCCAGAGCACCAUCAGAGAGCACCGCGACGGAGGCAACGCGGGGGGAGUCUUCAGCCGGUACAACAUCAUCAAGAUCCAGAAGGUGGUGAAUAAGAAGCUGCGGGAGCGAUACUCACACCGACAAAAGGAAAUAGCGGACGAGAACCACAACCAUCACAACGAGCGAAUGCUCUUUCACGGUUCUCCCUUCAUCAACGCCAUCAUCCACAAAGGCUUCGACGAGCGGCACGCGUACAUCGGCGGCAUGUUCGGUGCUGGGAUCUAUUUCGCCGAGAACUCCUCCAAAAGCAACCAGUACGUGUACGGGAUCGGCGGAGGCACGGGCUGCCCCACCCACAAAGACCGCUCCUGCUACGUGUGCCACAGGCAGAUGCUGUUCUGCAGGGUGACGCUGGGAAAGUCGUUCCUUCAGUUCAGCGCGAUGAAAAUGGCCCACGCGCCGCCGGGACACCACUCCGUCAUAGGGCGACCCAGCGUGAACGGACUGGCGUAUGCAGAGUACGUCAUCUACAGAGGGGAGCAGGCUUACCCGGAAUACUUGAUCACGUACCAGAUUGUGAAGCCGGAGACUGUGGCUACGCCUUCUGCCCCCCCCGAGCAGAAGUCCUAAAAUGCAAUCGCGGUUGGAUCUGAAGGGGGGCGGGGAGCAGGCAGACUGCGAUGGACCAGCAAAGGGUCUCUGAGAGGAGACUGGGAAUGAACUAGAGGGCGUCUCAAACCUCAGGACCCUAAAUUAAAGUCUCCGGAGAUGAACUUGAGGUGGGCGAGGAGUCGACCGGGCAGCGGUCAGACGACCCUCCGAAAUGUGUCUUAUCAGGCGAAGAAGCAGCGGAGGGCGGAUUUCGGGGUGCGCUACACGCAACAAAAAAAAUCUGAUUCCUUCAUUAGUUUGGGUCCAAUUUCACUGGAGAAAAUGUAAAUGGUUUGAUCAACCUGGAUGUGGAUUUUUGAAUGUUCAGGCCUCUCGGCCUCGAUCGCAGACACAACAGAACACGAUACAAAGCAAAAGAAACGUCCCCGAUGUUGAACCUCGUGUAAUCUAUCCCUAGUUUUUAAUGUGUUGUCUUGCUCUUGUCCUCUUUCGCACUUGUGCGUAACGAAAUCUGGCGCAUUUUAUUGUCACGUUGUCACCAACGAGGCUCGUGUAAACAAGACAGCGCUCUGUCUCUCCCACAUCUCCACGGCUGUAGGCAAAGAAGGAGUUAUGAAACCGGAGUGAGCCGACGGAAGUAAACGAGAUUACAGCAGACAAAUACGCACAAGUCAACAAUCCACUGCUGUGGGGCUGAGUUGUUACAAGCGCCGGCAAAACGGAAAAAGAUUUACUAAGCAUACUGCUUUCUGAGCCUUAAAGGUGCUAAAUUCUAAAUAUUUUAUUGUAUUAUAGUGAAUGGUACUUGAAUGGAGAAUGAAGUCUCUCUCUCUCUGCGCGUGUUGGAAUCUGAGGUCCUCUUUGCUUCGUCUACUUGGACGGGUUGCGUCCCUCCGGGGAGCCGAAGGGCGCCGUCCCGGCCCGCGGCCUCAGCUCACCCUGGCUGUCUGUUACAUCAUCUCCUUUGGGGUGAGAAGUGACCGUUACAAGAAGUAGUUUGGGGGACAAAAAGGUGCACUUCUCAGAGUCCACUUGGAGUGAAGCAUUUACAAACCACACGCAUUUCAUAACUUUCUGCUCCGUGUGUGGCAGCCGUGAUAAACUUACAUCCGGACCAUUUUCGAAAUGUCACGUGGGUUUUACAUUUCCCCGUUUUCUGUUGUUUACAAACAAAACAAAAAACCUAAUGCCUUCUGGGCCCUUUUCCUCUACCGGUCACUGUUGAUGCCCCCGGUGGUGCAACGGGGGAACUGCUGGCUCGUAGUAUUGAUUUAAAGGAAUAAACGGUACAUCAGGAAGCCGCUUACCUAGGUACUGAUGCUCAGUGCUAUUUGUAUGUUCCUGGGGCCCAUUCCAUUUAGUUUUAUUUCCUUGUACGUGUCUUUAUUCUUACGUCAUCGUCACACUGUUGAGUUCACGCCCCACAAAACGUAAGCAAACGGGAAAGGUGACCCGGCGAGUCCCUGCAGCUGGUUACAGGCUUCAAAAAGAUAUUUGUAUAACCAGAAGUCAAUGUAUAUGUUGUACCUAAAUAUGCUACCAUAUUUCUAUUUGUAUUAACCAUUUAUAGCGACACACUAACACGAGAAGAAGCAAACUCCUCACGCGGCGUUCUGUACGUUUGAACUGUUUGCACUAUGAAUGAACAUGUUUUCUGUUUAUUUAUGCUUAUUGUAAAUCAAUGAGACUGUACACUACAUGGGACCACUCAUGACGUCAGCUUAUUUCAUGUCCAGGUCAAGUUAAGCAGUGCUGAGGUCUUGACCGUUUUAGAGAAUGGAAAGAUUGUACUAUGAAACUGAGGGACAGGACAUUUCAUUCUAAGCUGCUCUGUUCGUACCACAGAAUCCGGCUCGGAUUUCAGCUGAUGUGCACUUCAAGGUGAAGAUGGCGCGCGCGGGUCCUCAGAGGAAGUCGACUGGUAGCUCUUUGACUAUUUUCAACCACUGAGUUUUCCACAUCAGCAAAUUACAAAGAAAAAUAAUUAAAUGAAAGUAAAAAAAUAACUGGUGGGUUAAGUAGAAUUGAGAGACCAAUAGGCUUGAAAUGAAAUUGUCCUCGUGAACAGUUUUUAAAGUUUUGCAGCACAGUUACAGGGCCUGAACAUAUAAGACUGAAAUAAUACAAACCCAAUGACCCUCAAUUUAUUGCGCUUUUGUAAACGUUUAUUGCAUUCCACAGAUUUGCUUGAUUCUUUAAACUUUUAAAUGAUCAAUUUAAAACAAGGUUUAUCAGUUCAGUCACAAUUGUUUCCUGUUGUUAUUUUAAUAAAGCACCUGCUGGGACGUCCCAGGAGCGAGUCAGUGCAGACUGAACGGUUCCUCUUGGCACAUACAGACAGAACUACGGGCUGACGAAGGCGCUGUGGGCUUUGUUGUAAAUAAGAAUACUCUAGAUGGACCAUUUAUGGAUUGUUUUGAGUUUAUUUUAUUCCUUUUUCUUCUUUUUAAAAGUGAAAACUAAUUGAAUUGUGUUCAAGUCGGCCAGUCGGCCAUCUUGUUGUAAGUCCUUUGGAGCUGCCUUCACUUUAACACACUUCCUGAUGAAUGAUGUCUGUUUUCCUGUUGUACAUUGCUGCUGACCAGUUAACAUGUGGAACAGAAAAAAAUAAAAAGAAGUUAGUGUUUUUUUGUCUAA